CUUUAACUUUCUUCAACGAUGUGCUAUUUAAUGCUUUAAUUCUUCAGUUGAAGUCGAGCUGCGGAACAAGUCGGUCGAGAAAAAUAACGAGAAAUAAAAUACGCCAAAGAAAACUGCAUUCCUUUGAAUUGGAAAAUUAAAUAUUAAAAAGAAAAAAGAAAAGAAAAAUUAAUUAGUGACGAAUAAAUUUUCUCAGCAGAAUUUGAUUAAGAAAUAUUGAAAAUCUGAUGAAAAUUUUCUGUACAAAGAGAAAGAAGAAUGAAAGAAAGAAUUUCAAGUGAACAAGCAGCUUUCAGAGACAAAAUGUAUUGAAAAAAUGCAAUCAGAAUAAUUCAAGUGAUAAAAAGAAAAAGCAUAGAGAGAGACAGUUAGAUUUAGCAGUAAAAUGCUGCCGCUCAUCAAAAUGAAUCAUUUUCGGUUGGAUUACUUUGUGUCUUUAGUUAUGAUGCUAACAAGCAACAUUGUGCAGAUUUCUUCAAACGAUGAAGUUCAAUCCCGCUCUUUAGAUUUGUCGUGGAGACCUCUGAGCCAUAAUCCGUAUCACAAACAACUCUUCCAGACUCCACCAGCAGCACUUAUUAGUUAUUCACAUUUUGACAAAGCAAAUAAAGAUGAGAUUGUUGAAGCUGCCAAACAUAAUGCACAGCUAUUGAAGAAGUUGAAAGAGAUUAAUCAUCAGCCGAUUACAAGUUACAGCGAUCCAUACCAGAUGUACACGAAUACAGAAGCUUCAACAAGAUUCCCUUCAACAACUCAAUUAUUCACAACAAAACCACUUAAACAUCAACAUCAGUCAGCAGCUUCUGCACAUGUUUUGUCACGAAUCCCUUUUCCUGGAAAAUCUGUAUCACUUUAUCAAACAAAGCUUAACUAUUUAGGAAAGCCUGACUCUAAUGCCGUUUAUCAUCAAAACAGCAUACAUCAAACUAUACCAACGACACCCAAAAUUGCUGGCUAUACAAAAGAACAUGGUCGUGUUAACUUUCAUUUUCAUCAUCCAUCAUAUGCAAUGACGCAAAUUUCCACCACAACAAAAAGAGUUCCAAUCUUCAGUUCUUCGGCUACGCCACAUCCACAUCCAGUCAUGAAUAAAUAUCAAGCACAUAUGGCACUGGCAGCUGCAUCACAAAAGCAACACCAUCAGCUGAAGCAACAACAGAAUGUUGUCUUCUCUCCUCCAAGUCAGAUUAUGUCGAGUUAUGCAAACCUUGCACAGUUUCCCGUAAAUCAUCCCUUUUGGCAUAUGGGAGUUAAGAGUGCACCUUAUCACAUAAUUCAUGAGAACAGAGAAUUUCCUUUCCAUUUUCAUAAGUUGCCCGAACCACAACAUCAUCAGCAAAUCAUUCAAUAUCAACAAAAACACCCACAACCACCACCACAACAAUAUCAGCAGCCACAAGUGGAUGAACAACCUUUCAUGCCAAGUAUUCAUCCUUCGAUUCUCACACCGUUCUUAGAACAAGUUCAGUUAAAACAAAAAGAAGCUGCAGAACAAAAAACUCAUUUGAAACAAAGUCAUGAAGUUAACAGUCAAGAGAAUGAUGGUUCAUUUGAGAUUAUCAACGAUGUUUUCAGCAAACAUUUAGUUCCACCCCCACCUUCCAAUCCAUCUCCAUUGAAAAUUAAAUCGAAACCUGAGAAGCCUGAUAAAGUGAAGAAAUAUAAUUUGUCGAUGCCUUCACCACUUCAAGAUGCAUCAAGAUUCAAUUAUGAAAAUGUCAUAUCAACAGCAACACCAGCAGCAAUACCAACUGAACACCCUAGUCGUGCUAAACCAACCGUAUAUGAACACAUAAAUGCAUCAACUGAAAAACCAAACGUUUUUAUUCAUCUUAACAACAGAACAAAAGAAAAUGUUUACAAGCAUCAUAAACUUUUACAUCCGAGUUAUACUGGAGGGUUCAAGAAGCGACCAUCACACUUCCUUCCAACUCCUUACGAACCAACAACAAAAGAAGAAGAAGGGGAAGAAGCAGAAAAACAAUUGCAAAAAGCUUUUGAACCUCAACAUAGUUUCUUCACAAUUGAAGAUGCAGUGACGCCACAUUUGAGAUACGAGGUCAUCAAGGGGCCAAUUCCAGUUAAAGAAGAACAAGAAAUUUAUACUCGUGCACCAGCCCUUGGUGGUAGUUUUGAAUAUUCUUUAACAACUGAUCCAUUUAUAUCGACAUCAACAUCUCCACCAACUGAAGCUACAACGACACAUAAACCAAAACAAAAAUUGAGGAGAAGAAAGCCGAAACCUCAUCAUAAAAAGAAUAAUAAUGCUGAGAACACGAGCACAGGCGAGGGAGAAAAACGAAUAAAGGAAAGCGUCAAAUCAAGUCGUGUCCGAGAAAAUGUAAAACCAUCUGAAAGGCCAAUCAAUCAAAAAGAUUUGAGAACAAGAAAUCGUACAAAUCAUCCGAGUCGUGUUAGAAAUCGUGUAAGUUUGACCUCACCAGCGGCAAUUUUCUCAACGGUUGAUUAUGAAACGAUGAAAUCAUCAACGGAGGAACAAAAAUCGAUUGAAGUCACUUCCACACAACACGAGACAACUGAGACAACAACAAAUUCUAAAUCAGAAGAAACUUCUGGUGCUGAGAAUGUUAAGCGGCGUGUUAGAGUACGAUAUAGGAAUAAACUUCGUGCUGGUGCUGUUACAAAAGUUAAUGAACCAACUGAAUUAAAACAAAAAAUUAGCGAUAAUCAAAUCUCUGAUAAUGAACAUGAAAAUAUAAUUUUUAAGCAUCAAGAUGAUUCGACGGAGUCCAAUAGUGCAACUGAAGCUGUUGUUAAUGAGAUUAAGACGAGUUUGAGACUUCCAAAUCUUAAGCUACGUAAUGAAGCUUUUACCACUUUACCGACAACUCAAGAAACUUUAACAACUUUAAGUCAUUCGAGCUCUUCGAAGAGUAGUGAAACAGAUGAUAAUAAUAUUUUGAAUCGGGUUGCAAAUCGUCCAAGAUUUAGUAUUAAGGAAAUCAAGAGGAAACAAUUAUCAGCUCUUACAACGCACUCAACAACACUCACAACAUCAUCGACACCAGCUCCAUCAACAAAAUCUGACAAUCAAAGAUUCAACAGAAUUCGUUAUCACAUAAGACGAAGAAAUGAAACGACAGAGUCUACUGAAGAUCCAGAACCAACAAGAAAAAGAUAUUCAACUUAUCGUACGACAACUUCAACAACAGAAAGUUCAGUGGAACCUUCAACAACUUCGAAACGUGCGAAUUUGCCUAAGCGAACAUUUCCAUCACGAACUUUUAUGAAGCCAACAGCAAGUGUCACCGAAAGUGAAACUUCGACAAGUUAUAAACCCUUUAAAAGUGUGAGUCGACCGACAACACCAAAUCUUCGAACGAGACUCCAAAGUUCUUAUAAAAAGAAAGAAGAAGUAAGUGACGAUGUCACUGAAUCGUCACAAGAUACAAUUACAAAUGUUAACUUUAACUUAGAAACUGCUGUUACGCAAGAACAGCCAUCAACAGUUUCAACUGAAUCGCCCUAUAAGCAUGAAACAAGUAUAAUGAAAAUAGCUAAAACACCAUCAUCAGUGAACAAUGUCGAGAGAACAGCAAGCACGAAUUCAAUCAAUGUGAUACCUGGUGUUACAGAUAGCGAUUACGACAUGACAGGUUUACCUUCUGAACAUUCGCAGCGUGUCGCUGAGCUUACAAUUUCAGGAAAUGAAAAUUACUCAUUUAAAUCAGCAAAUAUUGGUCCGCUUUCAAGACGCAUUCCCAGCUAUUUUACCAUCUCAACAGAUGAUCCAAUUCUUCCUAUUCAAGCGUUCUUCCCUCAAAUAAAAACAAACGAAACUAAUUGAAGGUUUUUAUCUCAUCUUCUCGCUUCUUAUUGCAUUUCCGCAACAAAACUUUAAGUCAAUGAUUAAUGCUCAUUGAAAGGGAAAGAAGAAAAAUAAAAUAAAAACAAAUGUUUCCGACUUUCUACAAGUGAUUAAAGCGAUCAAGCAAGGAGUUGCUGCUUGCUAUACAUUACAAUAAUUUAUUUAUUUAUCUUAAUUUAAUUAGUGUUUAUUAAAGCUUAAUCGAUUUUCCACAAAGCAUUGAAAGCUUCCCAAUGAGCGUGAAGCUUUCUUUUGUAAAGUGAAAAUAAUCAACAAAAUAUUUUAC